GAAAAAAGGAAGGUCUUCUUUCUUCUCUUUUAUUUCCUUCUCCCCUUUAAUGUGUCACAGAAGACCAAGGAUUCUUCCAAGGGGAAGUUGCGCCAAGAACCAAAGGUAGAUUAUUCCGUGCUAGAUUCUCUCUUCCUCUUCAUUCCCAACUUGUUUGAAAGCCUGUUUGAUCGAUUCGACUUGAUUCCUCCAUAUCCUGGGCGAAAGUGGUGUUCGUGGUGGUGUUAGUUUGGGAUCGUUUUGGUCGGUUUGGCUUGUUUGUUUUUGUUUUCUCGCUCGUACUGGUCUUCCUGGAUUGGGGAGAAGUCCUUCGUGCUUAUCCACGCGGGGAGAGAGUGAGAGGGCUUUAAGCUUUUGGCUAUGGUGACAACGAUGGUGGAGAUUCCAUCUCCUUACACUGGGGGCGAGUGGUGGGCUCGCUGUCGAGCAUUAGAACUAUCGGCAGAAUCGAGGAUCAAACUGGAGUUCUUCUAAAAGGGCUCUGGAGCAUCCUCUAGAACAGGUCUUGGAUCGCUCCAGACGUUACUACACAGAGGGCUUUGAGAGGGAGAUCAUCGCAAAUGGGGUGCUGCGUGAGCUCCAAGAUCCAGAACGAAGACGUUGUUGGGCAGUGCGAGGCACGCAAGUCCUUCGUCAAGCAAGCGGUGGUAGCUCGCACGGCGCUCGCCUGCUCCCACGCCCGCUAUGUCCAGGCGCUCGCCGCCAUGUCCCUGGCCUUCAAGCAAUUCUCGGAUAGCGAGCUGGGAUUUAGAUCCAGCGAUCGCGAGGCCCCGAUUCCACUGCCGACAGCCAAGAGCACCGCCCACAAGGAAGAGGAUCCAGAGGAAGAGCAGGAGGAAUCCCCUGUUUCGAUCUCCCUCUCUCCCUCUUCCUCGGAGGAAAUCGAGGAGAGGAGCUCGAGAAUCAAAGCCAUGAUGCUGAGGAACACACCCACAGAGGCCGUCACAGUGGUGCUAUCCCCGCCCAGAAGGAGGAACUUCACGAGCGAGAACGAUUACUUCGCCCAAUUCGGGGAGGAAGAACGUGGCGGCGGCGCCACCGAGGAAGAGCGCCGCCGCCGCCAGCGCACCUCGCCACCUCCGCCAGCGGCGCCGUCCAGCUGGGAGUACUUCAACAUAUUCCAUCCCGAGGCGCCGCUUAAUAGGCGGUUUAGGGACAUUCCGUCGGACGAUGAGGAUAUUCCGGCGCUCGAGUCCAGUAACGAUGAAGUGGUGAAGCUGAAGAGCGUUAGGGCUGGAGGAGAGGAGGAGGAGAAGAAUGCCGCUGGCGCUCCCGCGGCGCCCAGGAUCGAGGAGAUUUUCGAGCCGGAGGAUGAUGACGCGUCGACCAGUGGUUCCUCCAGCGAUGGCGCCAGCAGCAGCAGCGGCGCCGGCGGUGAUGGCGGUGCCGGCGACGGGGAAGUGCAAGAGAAAGAGAAUGCGGCCGCGGGAGAAUCAAUUGAAUCGACCGAGAAGAGUGAGACGCCAGCUCCAGUGGAGCUUGUGGAUGUGCUCCGGGAGCUGGAAGAACAGUUUCUCCGGGCUUCCGAGGCUGGAAAGCCAGUGGUGAGAAUGCUGGAGGCGGGCAAAGUCCAGCUCGAGAAAGGCUUCUCGGAUCAUUCUUCCCGGUUGCUGAGCGCUCUUUCGCUCGGGCAUUGGUCGCCGAGAUCUCUGAGCUCGCCCAGUGGAUUUGACAUUGAGGCUGGUGGCAUGUCCGGGAGUCACGCUGGAACUUUGGAUCGACUUUACGCAUGGGAGAAGAAAUUGUAUGAAGAGGUCAAGGCCUGGGAGACUGUCAAUACGGAGCUGGAACGAAAGCGCAGGCUUCUUCGCAACUUGGACGCUAGAGGGGCGAAGCCCGACGUCAUAGACAAGACGAGAGCGAGUAUGAAGGCCUUGGAGACUGAGAUAACUGUGGCGGUCCACGCGAUGGAAGCUUCGUCGGCCAAUAUCCAGAAGAUCACGGACGAAGAAAUGCUUCCGCAACUUUUGGAGCUCUUGGAAGGGCUUGCCGUCAUGUGGAAGAACAUGCACGAGUGUCACCAGCAGCAACUUCGCGUUGUCAUGCACCUCAAACUCCCGCGGGAGUCGUCCCUGGAAGCGAUCAGCGUGUCUCACCGGAACACCACCGCGCAGCUGGAGCUGGCGCUCACGGCCUGGCAGACGGGCCUGGGCAGCUUCAUCGCCACGCAAAAGGACUACGUGCGGAGCCUCAGCGGCUGGAUCAAGUCGAGCCUGCCGCCGGACUCAAAUCCGAAGAAGUCCGGGAAGAAGGCGGCGGUGGUGCCAAAGAUCCGACACAUGAGCGAUAAGUGGGCCGAGGCGCUGGAGAAGCUGCCGCUCCAGGCGGUGAGCAGCAGGAUGAAGCAGCUGUCGGAGACGCUGCGCGAGAUUGGGACGAAGCAGGCGGAGGAGAUCCGACUCCAGCGCCGGACCGAGGCGCUGUCCAAGGAGCUCAGCAAGAAGAUGAUAUCGCUCAAGAGCUUGGAGAAGAAGCAGCAGAUGGAUGGCAGCGUGGGGAAGAAGAAGAGCUCGGUGGACAAGCUCGGGGAGAGAGUGGAGAUUGAGAAGCAGCGGUUCCGGGGAGCGAUCCAGGACACGAGGUCGUUCACGCUGUGUGGACUCCAAAGCAGUCUCCCUCCUCUCUUCCAGGAGCUCCAGAGUUUCACGGAGAAGUGCAUGGAAAUCCACACGGCCCUCUAUGAGGAGGUUAACUCUUACACGGCUGGAGUCACUGUGGAUCACUCCCGGUAGACUAACGAAGAAACACCAUUUGUGUAGCUUAAACCAACACAGCAAAAAAUUGUAAACGUUAAGCUAUCUUUUUUUCUUCGAUGUGCAA